AUGAUGGAAUACAUCUCCUCACAAAUCUGUAAAAUACUUGGAAGUGAAGAGGUUCUCCAAAAAUGGAGGCAAAGCUAUCAAGUUCCUAUCUUCAAAAAUAAAUGGGAUCCACACAAUUGUCAAAAUUACAGGGGCAAAAAACCAAUGUCACAUUGUCUUAAACUCUACGAAAAAAUAAUGGAAAAAAGAUUAAGAGAUAUAAUCGAAAUAGGUGGCUUUAUGCCUGGAAGAUCAACAAAUGAUGCAAUCCACGCAAUUAGGCAAAUGAGUGAAAAAUACAGGGAAAAGAGCAAAAAGCUACACAUGGUCUUUCUCGAUCUAAAAAAGGCCUUCGAUAGAAUCCCAAGAAAACUUAUCUGA